AUGCCGGCGGGCAUGACGAAGCAUGGCUCCCGCUCCACCAGCUCGCUGCCGCCCGAGCCCAUGGAGAUCGUGCGCAGCAAGGCGUGCUCGAGGCGCGUCCGCCUCAACGUCGGGGGUCUGGCACACGAGGUGCUCUGGCGCACCCUGGACCGCCUGCCCCGCACGCGGCUGGGCAAGCUACGCGACUGCAACACGCACGACUCGCUGCUCGAGGUGUGUGACGACUACAGCCUCGACGACAACGAGUACUUCUUCGACCGCCAUCCAGGCGCCUUCACCUCCAUCCUCAACUUCUACCGCACUGGGCGGCUGCACAUGAUGGAGGAGAUGUGCGCGCUGAGCUUCAGCCAAGAGCUUGACUACUGGGGCAUCGACGAAAUCUACCUGGAGUCCUGCUGCCAAGCCCGUUACCACCAGAAGAAGGAGCAGAUGAACGAGGAGCUCAAGCGGGAGGCCGAGACCCUGCGGGAGCGAGAGGGGGAGGAGUUCGAUAACACGUGCUGUGCAGAGAAAAGGAAAAAGCUCUGGGACCUCCUGGAGAAGCCCAAUUCCUCCGUGGCUGCCAAGAUCCUUGCCAUAAUUUCCAUCAUGUUCAUCGUCCUCUCCACCAUUGCCCUGUCACUCAACACGCUGCCCGAGCUGCAGAGCCUGGACGAGUUCGGCCAGACCACAGACAACCCCCAGCUGGCCCAUGUGGAGGCCGUGUGCAUUGCAUGGUUCACCAUGGAGUACCUGCUGCGGUUCCUGUCCUCACCCAAGAAGUGGAAGUUCUUCAAGGGCCCACUCAAUGCCAUUGACUUGUUGGCCAUCUUGCCAUACUAUGUCACCAUCUUCCUCACCGAAUCCAACAAGAGUGUGCUGCAGUUCCAGAACGUCCGUCGUGUGGUCCAGAUAUUCCGCAUCAUGCGUAUCCUCCGCAUCCUUAAGCUCGCACGCCACUCCACCGGCCUCCAGUCCUUGGGCUUCACCCUGCGGAGGAGCUACAAUGAGCUCGGCUUGCUCAUCCUCUUCCUCGCCAUGGGCAUCAUGAUCUUCUCCAGCCUUGUCUUCUUUGCUGAGAAGGAUGAGGAUGACACCAAGUUCAAAAGCAUCCCAGCCUCUUUCUGGUGGGCCACCAUCACCAUGACGACCGUUGGGUAUGGAGACAUCUACCCCAAGACUCUCCUGGGGAAGAUUGUUGGGGGGCUCUGCUGCAUUGCAGGGGUCCUGGUGAUUGCUCUUCCCAUCCCCAUCAUUGUCAAUAACUUCUCUGAGUUCUACAAGGAGCAGAAGAGGCAGGAGAAAGCAAUCAAGCGGAGAGAGGCUCUGGAGAGAGCCAAGAGGAAUGGCAGCAUCGUGUCCAUGAACAUGAAAGAUGCUUUUGCCCGGAGCAUCGAGAUGAUGGACAUCGUGGUUGAGAAAAAUGGAGACAAUAUGAGUAAGAAGGACAAAGUGCAAGAUAAUCACUUGUCUCCCAACAAAUGGAAAUGGACAAAGAGGACACUGUCUGAAACUAGCUCAAGUAAGUCCUUUGAAACCAAGGAGCAGGGAUCCCCUGAGAAGGCCAGAUCAUCUUCUAGUCCUCAGCACCUGAAUGUCCAGCAGUUGGAAGACAUGUACAAUAAGAUGGCCAAGACCCAAUCUCAACCCAUCCUCAAUACCAAGGAGUCAACAACACAGAGCAAACCAAAGGAAGAACUUGAAAUGGAGAGUAUCCCCAGCCCUGUAGCCCCUCUGCCCACGCGUACAGAAGGGGUCAUAGACAUGCGAAGCAUGUCAAGCAUCGAUAGCUUCAUUAGCUGUGCCACAGACUUCCCCGAAGCCACCAGAUUCUCCCACAGCCCUUUGGCAUCACUUCCCAGCAAGACUGGGGGCAGCAUGGCCCCAGAGAUGGGCUGGCGGGGAGCUCUGGGUGCCAGUGGUGGUAGAUUUGUGGAGGCCAAUCCCACCCCUGAUGCUAGCCAUCGCUCUACCUUCUUCAUUGAGAGCCCCAAGAGUUCUCUGAAGACGAACAACCCCCUGAAGCUCCGAGCACUUAAAGUCAACUUCGUGGAGGGGGAUUCCAGUCCAUUAGUCCCUGUUCUGGGGAUGUACCACGACCCUCUUAGGAAUCGGGGGGGCGCUGCAGCUGCUGUCGCUGGACUGGAGUGUGCCACACUCUUGGACAGGCCUGUACUGAGUCCAGAGUCCUCCAUCUACACCACAGCAAGUGCUAGGACGCCCCCCCGAUCACCUGAGAAACACACAGCAAUAGCAUUCAACUUCGAAGCAGGUGUCCACCAGUACAUUGAUGCGGACACAGAUGAUGAGGGGCAGGUGCUCUACAGUGUAGAUUCCAGCCCUCCCAAGAGCGUCCACAUGAGCACCAGUCCCAAGUUCAGCGUCGGGACAAGAUCAGAGAAGAACCACUUUGAAAGCUCCCCCUUACCCACCUCCCCUAAGUUCUUAAGGCAGAACUGUAUUUACUCAACAGAGGCAUUGACUGGAAAAGGCCCCAGUGGCCAGGAAAAGUGCAAACUCGAGAACCACAUCUCCCCCGACGUCCGCGUGUUGCCGGGAGGAGGAGCCCAUGGAAGCACACGGGAUCAGAGCAUCUGAGCUACCCCACCUGCAACAGAGACUUGUGGCAAGACCUGAGAGGUGUGCCGUUCAGCUUCCCUGCCGCAGAGCUUUUCCGCACGAACUCAGAAAGGCUCUGCAAAGCCCCCAGACAGAAGCGAAACUCCAGGGGAGGCUCCCUAGGGCCUUGAGAGCCAUGACAGGUAUGACCGAAUGAAGUCGGCCAAGCCACAGGAUGUGGCGUCUCCUUGUACCAAGUCCACUGCCCUCUUUGGGAGAUGACAUGGGCAGAACUCACAGCCACCACUACCACAUGCUGGACCUAACCAAGGCCACCUCCUCCCCACUCGUCUGUCAUGGCUCUCCAUCACAGCCUCCGGGGGGAGGGCAGCAUCUCGAUCCCUCCAGGCUUCAGCUGGAGAAGGAUGCCGGAACAAGUGGCUGGGUUGACCAAUUUGGUUUUGGGUGUUACCUGGCCACCUCCUGGAACUCCUGUCCAUCACCUCCUGGAUGGAUCCCACUGUUAGAAAGCUACAGAGGAUACUCGUGUCAUGGGGAAAUUUCCACACCAUCAGCCACGAUCCCAGCGCAAAACCCUUACUCAAAUGUCUUCAUUGACUUCAGUGUUCCAUAGUACCUGAGAUUUUAUUUUGAGAUAUCAUCAGGGUGAGUUGCACCACUUGUACUUGAUUCUAAUUGCCCCCUGGCAAUCUGGGAAGGGUUCAGACGGCAGGCACUCAGCCAACAGUAUGAACGGUGAGCAUUGCUUUAGGGUUGUUAGAAGGAAAACACUUUCUGUACAUCACUAGUGUAGACUCAAAAGAUAUGCAAGUGUCAAAUAUGCAAAAGAAAUAGCUUAUUCAAAGAGACUGUAUGUUACUGAAGAACAGAAUAAAAUCUGAUUUUUUUUUUUACCUGCAAAAAUGGAAGGAAAAAAGAAAUCCCCAAUUGAAAUGCCCA